AGCCAGUUCAGAGAACCGAAACGAGGGACCCGUGUCCCCCCACCCCCCUCCUCCUCUGCGCCUCGGCCCGGCGGUGGAGCCUCCGGCUCUCCUUUCUCUCUCGCUCGUCUGUGUGUGUUUUCCCGUUGCUGAAUUUGCCGGAAUGAAGUAGCUGCUUCACCACGCCGGACAUCCCGCGGGGUCCCCAACACCUGCUAUUCCGUUGUGGAGUCUCGCGACCCCGCUUUCUCUCUGCGAUCUCGCCCACCAUGAGCCAUCUUCAGCAGAACUGGAUGUUGUAGUACUCAUAUCGAGGCAGUCCUAAGUCUGGAUACAUCGUAUUUCCACAUAGGAACAAAAGAUGUUGGUAAGAGCAGACGAUGCAAAGGAUUGGUUUUACAAAGGAGAAGGAGCUGCUAAUAUUGUCCUGGGCUACUGUGGCUCUUCCCUCUUUUUGGUGGGCAAGGUAUUACGGAUUCAAAAGGUUGCAAAGGGCGGAAGCCCGUCUCCAAAUGGAUGCUUGGUCCUAUCCGAUCAUGAAAGACUAAUGUGGAAAGACAUUGGUGAACUCGCCGAGUCCACUUCGAAAGAUGUUGCUGCUACAGCUUUUAUUGACCAUGUCAUGAGGAAUUUAUUGGACUCCAAGCAUAUAGACGCUGGGAUUCUUGUCCAUGUUUCUAAGGAAUUCUUGGAGGCUGUCGAGGGGAAUAUCAAGAGUCAACGUCCUCCAUGGAGGAUUGAUGCCUCCAAAAUUGAUGUCCUUUGCGAAUCUGCAUUUCUUAUUUCUGACCAUUCAAUCAUUAUUGGUACUCCGAAACAUGACUUCUGCAUUGCAGUAGAAAUAAAGCCAAAAUGUGGGUUUCUUCCAUCUUCAGAAUACAUAGCUGAGAAAAAUGCUGUUAAGAGGCAUGUAACACGAUUUAAAAUGCAUCAGUUCUUAAAACUUCAUCAGGGAGAGAUAUCACAAAUAAGUGGGUAUGAUCCGCUUGAUCUAUUCUCUGGAUUAAAAGAUAGAAUACAUCUGGCCAUCACUGCAUUGUUUGCAUCUCCUCAAAAUAAUUUCCGUAUAUUUUUGAAUGGCUGUCUUAUUUUUGGAGGAUUGGGAGGUAGCAUGGAUAAUACAGAUGUCCGAUCUCAUAAAUCAGGAGAAGCAAUUGCGGAUCUGAUCUCUGCAUGUGGCUUACAGUUAGGUAGCUUCCUUGAGCUUGUAGCAGAGGCAAUCUUCGGGUCCGGGAUUUUAGAUAGGCUUUUAGCAACUCAGCAGUUGGAUGUUCUUGACAUAGAAGGGGCUAUUCAUGUAUAUUACAAUAUUAUUUCUCGGCCUUGUGCGGUCUGCAAAAAUUCAAGUGAUGCAGAGCUUUUGCAUCAGUAUUCCUCGUUGCAUUCUCUGUCAUUGGACGACAGCCUGAAAAUUGUUAGGGAAUAUCUUAUAGCUGCUACCGCAAAGGAUUGCAGCCUGAUGAUCAGCUUUAGCCGCACAGCAGAUGGACGUAAUGCGUCUGAUUGUAAUUCUGUAGCUCUCAAAUCAUUGAAUCAAAGCUAUAAUUACAAGGCUUAUUUUAUUGACUUGGAUUUGAAACCUCUGGAGAAGAUGGCUUAUUACUAUAAAUUGGAUCAGAAGAUAGUCAAUUUCUACAAAAUGAAUGACAAAACGGAAGGAAAGCCGAGCAUUUCUGGAAGUGGAGGCCCACCUGGAGAAGCACUCGAUGCUAGUAGUUAAAAGUUACCUUGCAUGCGGCAGACGUGUGGAAGAAGAGGUAAACUUAAAGUUAUCUCCUGGAGGGAUUCGAUCAAUUCCAAUUACAGUUAUGAUCUAUUAUUUCCUGCUUGUCAACUCGUGAAUUCUGGGGGAAACAACUUGGUCAACUUUCAAUAUAUAUAUUUUUUAAUUUCCUUUUUUUUUUUUCCCUGAAUGAAUCUGAUCCUCUAGCAUAUGCUUAAAUAAUAAACGUGAGUUGUGUUGGUAAAUUUGACUGGGUGUAUUUGUCAUUGUGCUAUAUUAUCCAGAGAAGGAUAAAAAAAUGUUUCGAGUCA